CAAUCUAUUCAUCCAAAUCUCCUAUUGGUUUAUCCGAAUGGAGAGAGUGUCCGAGUUAGACACAUUGUCUGCACACGUGUCAAAAGCAAAAGAAAAGUCAAACUUGAUCAGCGAAUCUUUGACUCGCCAAUUCCUCUAUAAGUACAAGGAGAAUCUGGAACUCUCUCUACUUAAAAAACUCACAGCUCACAUUCUCAAAAUCUUAAUAUAAACCCAGCUCUCUGGUUCAUCUCCAAAUCGAUCGAAAAAUGGAAGCUAUGCCUUUAACCUCCAUCAACCCAAUACCUCAUCAAAACCAGGUUCCGGUUAGCAAGAUUCCUGUAUCCAAACAGGCCCAACUCGUCCUCAAGCUCGGUAAAGACUCGACCUUGUCGACCCUUAAGGAAAGGUGGUCGGGAGCUAGGUGUGUGGCUUCGAGCUCUGCCUCGGCGGCUGCAAUGGAGGAGAUCAUAAUCACCCCGGAGGAAGUGGAGGAGUUGAUGAAGAGACGAGACAAGUGCGUGGAGAAAAACGACGUACCAGAGCUUUUGGAGUGCCUUGAGACUGAAGCUAUCAUGGGGGAUGAUGAAGGGAAAUACCCUAAUGAUUACAACAGAAGAGCCAAGAUCUUCGACAAGAGUUCUAGAAUCUUCCAAGCUCUGAAAUCCGCACAAGACAGGGAAAGAAUCACAAAGGACGAGACACUUGUAUAGAUCAUGCUUUCCUCUCUAAGAAUAAGAGAUACGGCGGUUACCUUCAUCUACCUGUAUUUUGCAAUGUCAAUGUGGACAAUUCAGAAACCCUUCUUGUAACAUGAAGUAUUAUUAUUGCAUGUAAUCAUGGAUGUUUUACUUACA